UGGUAGCUGCUAGAGACAGUUAGCCAACGGAAGCUGGCUAGCUGGAGGAGACAGUGAACCAGAUUGGCGUGCUAGCUAGUUAGCUUCAUCUAGCUAGUUAACGUCAGCUACGUUUGCUCUCCUUGACUCAGUGUUGGUUUCUAACGUUAGCUGCAUUUACUCUAACGUUAGCUAGCUAACUAUUUAACAGGAAUGUUUUCACUAGCUCGAUAGUUAUUUGUCUGUAUAGCAAAUAAUUCGUCAUAUUUCAAGUUGGCUAGCUGUCCGUUUUGUUUAGCACAAAAGCUAUCUAAUAUACUAAGCUAGCCAGCUAGCUUGGCUAAACCAAUAACACCAGCUAGCAACUUUCACAGCGUGUGCAGUAGCUAGCUAACUAGCUAGGUCCACAAGAAAGCGAAGAGUUACUGAAGAAUGAAGUACAAUCAUUUCAGCAAUCCUCUUCUUCAUCCUCAGUCCUCUUGUCCACGACUGAUCAUAUUUGUAGUUUGAUCUGGAACACGAGUGACCUAAAACCUCUGGACAGUUCCUGACUGGACUGCUGUUACCUCUGCAUUCUCGCCUUCCCCGUGAUUUCAUCUCCACAGCAUACCCUUGAAAUAAAGGGUCAACCUUUUGGGAUAAACAUUACACACUUUCUGGGAUAUAGGAAAGUGAGUAAUAUAUCUGGGAUAUAGGCCUACACUACAGUUGAGAUCUUCUCUGUGAGCAGACUAGGCCUAUACAUUUUUCCUUGUCUCGUGAUAUUGUGGUGUUAUUCCUUUGGUGAGACCACUAUGGAGUGGAAUAUGGAGUACUGUAUGGAGCAGGUUAUGCAGAAGGACCUGGGUCGGAGACUACAGGUGGGCCAAGACAUCAUAGACUCCAUCCUGGACAAGGACAAGUCCCAGGACCUGGAGCAGGACCAGACCAUGCUGGACAGAAUGGUGGAUGGUGUCGCUACCAACUGGGUCAACUCCAGCAAUUUCAAGGUGGCUUUGUUGGGAAUGGAAAUACUGACAGCUUUGGUAACAAGACUACAGGAACGGUUUAGGACACAGAUUGGAACUGUUUUGCCGAGUUUGAUAGAUCGAUUAGGCGACUCAAAGGACCAAGUCAGAGACCAGGACCAAGCUCUUCUACUAAAGAUCAUGGACCAAGCUGCUAACCCACAGUAUGUAUGGGACCGAAUGUUAGGAGGAUUCAAACACAAGAACAACAGGACCCGGGAGAGUGUCUGCAUUUGCCUUAUCGCCACGUUAAAUGUAUAUGGAGCUCAAGGCUUGACCCUCAGCAAAAUUGUCCCCCACAUAUGUAAUCUUUUAGGAGACCCUACAAGCCAGGUGCGAGACGGGGCCAUGAACUGUCUUGUUGAAAUCUACAGACACGUCGGGGAGAGGGUGCGGAUGGACCUGGGGAAAAAGGGACUGCCACAGUCACGGUUGAAUGUCAUUUUCAGUAAAUUUGAUGAAGUUCAAAGAUCGGGGAACAUGAUCCUGUCCCCUGUCUCAGAUAAGAACUAUGAUGAUGAUGAUUCGGUGGACGGGGGGCGGUCCUCCUCUUCUAAGGGCCCCUCGUCAGGGAAGAAGGCAGUGAGCAUGGGGUCGUUCCGUAGGCCCAGCUCUGCUUCCAGCACCAAAUCAACAGGGAGAGAUGGUCCUAGUGCGGCUGCUGCAGGGGCUGUGGAUGAGGAGGACUUCAUCCGUGCCUUCGAGGAAGUGUCCACUAUGGAACUUUUCUCUAACAGGGAAAUGGAGGACGCCAUGACCAAGAUCAGGGAGGUGCUGGCUGACGACAAACGAGACUGGGAGCACAGAGUCACUGCGUUGAAGAAGAUGCGUUCUCUGCUCCUGGCGGGAGCGGUGGAGUUUGACGGUUUCUCCCAGCAGCUGCGUCUCACGGAGGCAGCCUUCAAGAUGUCCUCUAAAGACCUGCGCUCUCAGGUGGUCAGAGAGGCUUGUAUCACUCUGGGCCACCUGUCCUACAUCCUGGGGAACAGGUUUGACCACUGUGCAGAGUCCAUCAUGCCCACUCUCCUAACCCUGGUCUCUAACUCGGCCAAGGUCAUGGCCACAUCCGGCAUCGCUGUCAUACGACUCAUCAUCAGGCAUACACACUACCCUCGUCUCAUUCCUAUCGUGACCAGCAGCUGCCAGUCGAAAUCUGUGGCCGUAAGAAGGCGCUGUUUUGAGUUCUUGGACCUCCUGCUGCAGGAGUGGCAGACCAACUCUCUAGAGAGGAAUGUAGCUGUUCUGACAGAGACCAUCAAGAAAGGAGUCCAUGAUGCAGACUCCGAGGCCAGAUCAGUGGCCAGGAAGUGCUACUGGACGUUCCACGGCCACUUCAGCCGGGAGGCGGAGCAGCUGUUCCAGGCUCUAGAGUCGUCCUAUCAGAAGGCUCUCCAGUCCCACAUGAAGAGUUCUGACAGCAUCCUGUCCCUCCCUGCCUCAGACCGCUCCUCCUCCUCCUCACAGGAGAGCCUCAACCGCCCUCAGUCUGCCAAGAGCUCCAUGGGAAACACCGUGACCAGGACGAAAGCGGCUCCCUCCAGAGGUCCCUCCACCCCGGGCUCUCUCCAGCGUUCCCGUAGCGACGUGGACGUAAACGCUGCUGCCACCGCUAGUGCCAAAACCAGGAUGACUCCCGUGCCCGCCUCGCCCGCCCCAUUCAGCGCUGCCUCGGCUCUGCCACCCGGCUCCUAUGCCUCUCUAGACAACACACCUGGUAACUUUAGACCAGUGGGCCGUGUGCGUACCAGGAGAACAAGUUCGGGGAGCGGUGUGGGGGCGAGUCCCUCAGUCAUAGACAGUAGGGGGAGGAGUCGAGCCAAAAUGGUGUCAGUGUCUCAACCUGGCAGUCGUUCUGGCUCCCCUGGUCGUCUCCUGAGCCAUACAUACGGCAGGAUCUCCAGGGCCACUGCAGGGACAACACCAGCAGAAAGGAGGCCUAAAGUCCCCCGCAGCCAUGGCUGCAGCCGAGACACCAGUCCAGACAGAUCAGGCCUGGCGAGGAGUCGUAUCCCCCGGCCCAGCAUGAGUCAGGGCUGCAGCAGGGACACCUCUAGGGAGAGCAGCCGAGAUACCAGCCCCGCUCGGGGAUUCUCUCCUCUGGCAUCCAGACGUGUCUCCCGCUCCACCAGUGCUCUCCACUCGGCUGAGUCUGUGGGCCACUCAGAGCGUCUAGGUCUGGCCCACCAGGCCCGUAUCUCAGCCUCUGUCAACGCCAUGAGGAUCCUCAACACUGGGACCGAGGUGGAGGCAGCUGUAGCCGACGCCCUGUUACUAGGCGACGCCAGGAACAACAAGCGGCGGCCAGUCAGACGGCGGUACGAGUCCCCGGGGAUCUACUCAGACGACGACGCUAACAGCGAUGCCAGCAGCGCCUGCUCUGAGCGCUCGUAUGGCUCGCGGAACGGCGGCCCCCCCCACUACAUGAGACAGACGGAGGACGUGGCCGAGGUGCUGAACCACUGUGCCAGUUCCAACUGGUCUGAGAGGAAGGAGGGGCUGCUGGGACUACAGAACCUGCUCGUUAGCCAGAGAAUUCUCAGUCGUGUGGAGCUGAAGCGAUUGUGUGAGAUCUUCACAAGGAUGUUUGCUGACCCACACAGCAAGCGAGUGUUCAGCAUGUUUCUGGAGACCCUGGUAGACUUUAUCACCCUACACAGAGAGGACGUGCAGGACUGGCUGUUUGUCCUGCUCACCCAGCUGCUGAAGAAGAUGGGAGCUGACCUCCUGGGUUCAGUACAGGCCAAGGUCCAGAAGGCUCUGGACGUCACCAGGGACUCAUUCCCAUUCGACCAGCAGUUUAACAUCCUGAUGCGUUUCAUCGUGGACCAGACCCAGACCCCCAACCUGAAGGUCAAGGUGGCCAUCCUGAGGUACAUUGAGUGCCUGGCCCGUCAAAUGGACCCCGCAGACUUUGUCAACUCCAGCGAGACGCGCCUGGCCGUCUCCCGCAUCAUCACCUGGACCACGGAACCAAAGAGCUCCGACGUCCGGAAGAGCUUCCACCAUAGCUGGGCAGGUGAGGAGUUGUCAGGCAGGCCCAGCACCACCGUAGCCUCUCUACCUGGAGAGGGGAACGUGGAGGAGAGGUGCAAGCAGGCGGCUCAGGUGGUUCUGAUCGCCUUGUUUGAGCUGAACACCCCAGAGUUCACCAUGCUGCUGGGGGCCCUGCCCAAGACCUUCCAGGACGGAGCCACUAAACUGCUGCAUAGCCACCUGCGGAACUCCAGCAACACCAGAGUGGCUUCUCCCAGUAGCACCAUGGGACGUACUCCUCCCCCACCUCGCCACCCCAGCAGUCGCAGCAGCCCCCUCACCUCUCCCACCAACUGCUCCCAUGGGGGGCUCUCUCCCAGCCGGCUAUGGGGUUGGAGUGCUGAUGGCCUGUCAAAGUACCCCCCUCCCUUCCCUUCUCCUCUCUCCUCCACCCCUGCUGCCCCCUCCCUCAAGACCCUACGGAGUGCUUACUCUCCCAGCAUGUUGGAGUACGACACAGAGAACCUGAACACCGAUCAGAUCUAUAGCUCCCUGCGAGGCGUCACUGAGGCCAUCCAGAACUUCAGCUUCCGCAGUCAGGAGGACCUCAUGGAGCCGGGCAGAGGCAAGAGAGAGGACACGCCGGGUGUUGGAACAGCAUCACACUCUGGUGCCGACGUGGUGGAGGGGCCCGGGGGUCGCACGGCCCUGGACAACAAGACCUCCCUACUCAACACCCCCUCCCCCCGUUCCUUCUCCGGCCCCCGGGUCCGCGACUACAACCCCUACAACUACUCUGACACCAUCAGCGCCUACGACAAGGCUGCCCUGAGAGAGACGGUGUACGAGGACGACGUGGAGCAGCUUCGAGAUGGCCGCCAAGAGUGUGGUGGAGAAAACAAGAUGCUGCACACCAAGAACAGUUCCCCUGCGGAGCAGCUGGGACUGGUGGGUGAGCUGCUGAAGGAGCUGUCUAACCCCAGUGAGAGGCCAGAGGAGAGGAGGGGAGCCCUGGUGGAGCUGCUGAAGAUAGCCCGGGAGGACAGCCUGGCAGUGUGGGAGGAACACUUCAAAACCAUGCUGCUCCUGCUGCUGGAGACUCUGUCAGACCAAGAUCACACCAUCCGGGCACUGGCGCUACGAGUGCUGAAGGAGAUCUUACGCAACCAGCCUGCCCGCUUCAAGAACUACGCAGAACUCACCAUCAUGAAGACCCUGGAGCUACACAAAGACUCCCACAAAGAGGUUGUGCGGGCAGCAGAGGAGUCCGCCUCCACCCUGGCCGGCUCCAUCCACCCAGAACAGUGUAUCAAGGUGCUGUGUCCCAUCGUCCAGACGGCUGACUACCCCAUCAACCUGGCUUCCAUCAAGAUGCAGACCAAGGUGAUCGAACGCAUCACCAAGGAGUCCCUGCACCAGCUGCUGCCUGACAUCAUACCAGGACUACUGCAGGGAUAUGACAACACAGAGAGCAGUGUGAGGAAGGCCAGUGUGUUCUGUCUGGUGGCUGUCUACUCUGUCAUUGGUGAAGAGCUGAAGCCCUACCUGGCCCAGCUCACAGGAAGCAAGAUGAAGCUGCUGAACCUGUACAUAAAGAGAGCCCAGACGUCCACCAGCAACAGUAGCAGCUCCUCAGACAUCUCCUCAUACUAAUGAACAUUACCCUCCAGCUCCAUCCGUGUGUGUGCAGGUACAUACAGUACAGGGUUGUGUUCAUAGGGCACCAAACGGUGCAAAACAGACUGAAACAGGAAGGGACUGCGUGGACUACUGGUCCAAUCAGAAACACUAAUUGUAUUAUAUUUUUACCGUUUUGAAAUAUUUUCCAUGGCGUGCCCUAAUGAACGUGACCCAGAUAGGGAAACAGUUGUGCCUCAAUCUUUCUUUCCAGACCUCCUUGUCGUUUUUAAUGUAUUCUAAUAAAGGCUGUAGGCUGUUCCUGGUUGGGAAACCCUAUGCCUGUCGCAAUCAACGUUUUAUUUCCUUCUGUUUUGUCAUCUUGUAAAUACUUUUAAUUCCACAUUUUAUUAAGAUUCGAAUGCAACACUACUUCACACCUAGUCAAAUGAAUGUAAAGAGCUUUGAAGGAAACCUGAGUCCUUUUUAAACCGUCUGAAAGGUUUUAAUGUUGAUGGAAGCCGAGUGUCGCUCUGUACACGACCGCCUCAUUGCCUCUAGUGUUCCUUCUCGCAAUGGACAGAGAGGCUUAUUUGGAAACGUGUUUGGUUAUUUGUAAAGGGGCAAUUUAAAAAUGGCGAUUUUGAUAGUAAUUAUUCCAUAGUAUUUGGCGCCUGAAUAAUUUGUUCUUGGUGACGAUGCUAUGUUUUUAAGCCUGUAUUUAAAGAAUAAUCCUUGUAGAAUUUCUCAGUUAGUGAGAAUCUAAAAACGUUCAUUUCCGUUAGAGGGAGAAGAUCAUUUGGCUGGCCAAUGAUUAGUACAUGCAGUGAAAAGCUGUAUUGAAUAAGCCUCUGUAAACUGCCUAUGUGUUACACCUGUGUUGACUGUGUGGUUUGGGCCCCAACAACUUGUGAAGGAAUAUUUUGAAUUUUCACAAGGAUUACAAUAUGUUAUUAUGAAAGGGGAGUUAUUGGUAGAGUUGGUCGAGGUUUGAGUCUGCUGUUUUUUGUGCUUUAACAUUCGGGCACGUUGUAAUGAGUCAAAACUACUGGGAUCUGAAGUAUUCUUGCAAUGUAAAACCGUAAUGACGAGUCCUAGAAUUUUCAAAUGUGAAAUAUUUUUGUCUAAGAACAAAAUAUGGGCAAUACCUAUUUGUCAUAUAGUAUAAAGACCUUGACAAUCUGACAUAUUAGUCGAUAAUCGAAGGACAUUGUAAGUGCCAGUGCUCAACAAAAAAUCUUUACCAUUUAAAGACAUAGGAGGCAAAAAAAAAUGUUGAAUCCAGCAAUAAUGAAUUAGUAACAUAAAAUCCAACUACUUGGAUGAACCUUUUUUUGUCAAAGCACUGUAAAUGACCAUUGUAAGUUAACCGUCCUUGUUUGAAAUGUAUAGAUGCCAUUUUUUAGCUCUCCUAUGAAAUGCUACUGCUGCUUUAGAAAUACUAAUCAUGGCGUUAAACCUAAUGUAUUUUACUCUCCUUAUUAUGAAUGUUAAAGGUUACAGUUUCAGUUAGAACUACAAUUCAGAGUUUGGGUCAGUUCCAUUUCAAUUCAAUCCAUUCAGAAAUUUCAUUUCCCUAUUUUCCUCAAUGCUUGUCUAUGGGGAUAAAAAAAAAUGAAAUUGGAAUUUCAGUUUACUUCCUGAUUUGAUUGAAAGGAAUUGAACCCAUCCCUUGUUAAAAGUCCAGAUAAAGGUGGCGUGUUACUGAGAACACUAUCGGGCCUUACUGUUUCUGUAGUAUAGUUUCACUACAUUGACUGUUAAAAUGUACUGUAACAGUGCACAAUGAUUUAUUUUUUUCUCAAAUGUGAGAACUCUUAGCAAUUUUUAUCAGCUACAGACUAGAUGGAACAUUGGCUAUGACCAAGUCCAAAAUGUUGUCAAAUACAAAACACAGUAUUUCUUUUGUUAGACCUGCCUGUUGCAAUUGAAUCAAAAAUGAAACUCAAAAUCAGUGUUUUGUACAGUACUUUUAAUCCUUGAUUCACAAACUUGUUAUUGAGAGUCAGAGAGAGACCUGAUUUGCAUGCGAGGGAACAUGCAAUAUUAUACCCAGCAACCUCAAUGAUUAACUAACAUUCCCAACUCUGACUUUAUGUUGAAGAAACGUUGCUUCUAAUCUAUGAAUGUCUGGUCAGCUUGUAUUAUAUCACACACACACACACACACACACACACACACACUAUUGAUAUCCAUUACAGCUACCAAGCUAGGGCUGAUUUAACAGACCAAACAUUGUAUACUAUACUAUACUGUAACUGUAUGCUGUGUGCACACAUUGGCCUGUAUCAAAAACCAAACCCUAUUAUCCUCAAGCCAUGUAUCUUGAGCGUGUAUUUGCUUGUGCCUUGUUUGUUUUUUUACAGUACACCUGGCAAUAUUAAUCAAUACUAAUAGCUUCUGAAUACUGCUUUUGAAUAGUUCUUUUUGCCCCCAUUUUGAAAUACUGUAUUAUAUGUCAUGACUUAUACAGGAAAUUUGUUGCGUUGAAGACCAAGGUUAUUUCCCAAGUUGCACCCUAUUCCCUACCUAGUGCCCUACAUCUGACCAGAGUCUUAUGGGACUCUGUCAAAAGUAGUGCCCUAUAUAGGGCAUAAAGUUCCAUUUGGGAUGCAUCCCAAGGCUGCUGUAAAUAAAGCCAAUAGUUUAAUGGCAGUAUUUUCCACAGAUGUAAUAUUGGCUUGGCUGUUCUAUUCCUUGUGAACCACUUACAAUGCAUGCUUCUUUUGUUUAGCUUCAGUCAUUGUUUUAUCCCUCCCGUACCUAUAUUUAUAUGCAGUCUGUUAUAUUUUCUGUGUAUUAUGACAGCUGUACAUAUUUCAUGUUUUGUUCACUUCUUUCUCACGUGAUAGAACUUGUUGAAAUUUAAACUUGAAAUAAACCAACUUCAGUCCCUGUCCGA